AUGGGAGAUUUGCUUCGUAAUAGAGAUGUAGGAGGGUUGUUUAGGGUUUCGAUGUGUGGCGGAGCUCAAGAAAUUGAGCAUAUGUCAACUGAAGGAAGCCAUUAUAGUCUGUCUACUGGGAUCCUUCCUUCUCUUGGUGCAAGAAGCAAUCGUAGAGUCAAGCUCCGAAGGUUCAUCGUUUCGCCUUAUGAUCGCCACUACAGGAUAUGGGAGACCUUUCUGGUUGUUCUUGUUGUCUAUACAGCAUGGGUGUCACCAUUUGAAUUUGGGUUUCUUGAGAAACCAGAGGGACCUCUGUCCAUAACAGACAACGUUGUCAAUGGAUUUUUCGCCAUCGAUAUCAUUCUUACAUUCUUUGUUGCAUACCUGGAUAGAGCUACCUAUCUUCUUGUUGACAACCCGAAGCAAAUUGCUUGGAAGUAUGCGAGUUCUUGGUUGGCAUUUGAUGUGAUAUCUACAAUCCCUUCUGAACUAGCUCGUAAGAUCUCCCCGGAACCUUUACAGACAUAUGGCUUAUACAACAUGCUUCGUCUCUGGCGUCUCCGGAGAGUUAGUGCAUUAUUUUCCCGAUUGGAGAAAGAUAGGAACUUCAACUACUUUUGGGUUAGAUGUGCAAAGCUUGUUUGUGUUACUCUAUUUGCUGUUCAUUGUGCUGGUUGCUUCUAUUAUCUACUUGCUGCCCACUAUCACAAUCCGAGCAAGACAUGGAUUGGUGCAGCUAUGGGCGACUUCCUUCAUCAGAGCAUAUGGGUUCGAUAUGUUACUUCAAUUUACUGGUCUAUCACAACUCUCACUACCGUAGGUUAUGGGGAUCUGCAUGCUGAAAAUACGAGAGAAAUGAUAUUUGACAUUUUUGACAUGCUCUUCAACCUUGGACUCACAGCAUAUUUGAUCGGAAAUAUGACAAAUUUGGUGGUCCACGGGACCAGUAAAACCCGACAAUUUAGAGAUACCAUUCAAGCUGCUUCAAGUUUCGCACAGAGGAAUCAACUGCCUGCUCGACUUCAAGAUCAGAUGCUUUCGCAUUUGGGGUUGAAGUUCCGGACAGACUCAGAGGGGCUGCAGCAGCAGGAGACUCUUGAUUCACUUCCAAAAGCUAUACGCUCAAGUAUAUCACAUUUUCUAUUCUACUCUCUGGUAGACAAGGUAUACUUGUUUCGUGGAGUGUCCAAUGAUUUACUCUUCCAGCUGGUCUCUGAGAUGAAAGCCGAGUAUUUCCCUCCCAAAGAGGAUGUGAUCUUGCAGAAUGAAGCACCGACUGACUUUUAUGUUCUUGUUACGGGGGCAGUGGAACUGCUGGUUCUGAAAAAUGGAGUUGAACAGGUUGUUGGAGAGGCCAAAGCUGGCGAUCUUUGUGGUGAUAUUGGUGUACUUUGCUAUAGGCCUCAACUAUUCACAGUGCGAACGAAAAGAUUAAGUCAGUUAUUACGACUGAACCGUACCGCGUUUUUGAACAUUGUUCAGGCCAAUGUUGGAGAUGGGACAAUAAUCAUGAACAAUCUCCUUCAGCAUUUGAAGGAGCUAAAUGACCCAAUAAUGGAGGGAGUUCUGCUAGAGACGGAGAACAUGCUCGCUAGGGGUAGAUUGGAUCUGCCUCUCACCCUAUGUUUUGCAGCACUUAGAGGAGACGACUUGCUGUUACAUCACUUGUUGAAGAGGGGUCUAGAUCCAAAUGAAGCCGACAAUAAUGGAAGGACAGCUCUGCAUAUAGCAGCAUCAAAAGGAAACGAAAACUGUGUGCUUCUUUUACUGGAUUUUGGGGCAGAUCCUAAUAACAGAGAUUUAGAAGGAAGUGUACCAUUGUGGGAGGCCCUCUUAGGUGCACAUGAAUCAGUUAUCAGGACACUGUCUGAUAACGGAGCUAAGAUAACUUCUGGUGAUGUUGGUCUAUUUUCAUGCACGGCUGCUGAAGCAAAGAAUUUGGAAUUGCUCAAGGAAAUUGUUCGUCAUGGGGGGGACGUGACGAAACCAAAGAGCAAUGGAUCAACGGCUGUCCAUGUUGCUGUUUGUGAAGGCGACAUUGAGAUCGUCAAAUUUCUAUUAGACCAAGGUGCCAACAUUCACCAACCAGAUGAGCAUGGCUGGACUCCUAGGGACCUAGCCGAGCAGCAAGGACAUCAUGAUAUAAAGGAAAUUUUCGAACAGUAUAAACAGAAUCGACCUCAACCCUCAGUCGCAAUUCCUGAGCAGCGUCAUGGGGUUCGGUUUCUAGGACGAUUUAAAAGCGAGCCGAGUAUCAUACCAGGGUCCCACGACUCGUUUCCUCCACCAGAUGGUUCGUGGGGGAGAGCACGUCCAAGGCGCAGGACUAAUAACUUCUACAAUUCUCUAUUUGGAAUCAUGUCAGCAGCCCAAACUGGGGAGAAUGACUCGCUUUCAUCAGUAAACAAGGACAGAAGUGGGGUGGCUACAAGAACUUGUGCUGCUAGAGUGACUAUAAGCUGCCCCGAGGCUCGAGAUUUUGCUGGAAGGCUUGUGUUACUUCCGAAUACCUUCCAAGAGUUACUCGAAAUUGGUUUGAAAAAAUACGGUUUCUUACCUUCCAAAGUUUUGACCAAAGAUGGGGCUGUGAUUGAUGAUAUAGCGCUCAUCAGAGAUGGUGAUCAUUUGGUUUUUUCCAGUGAUAACAGAAACAAAGAAACUAGGUGA